AUGUCACUCUCAAAUACAACAGUUCAAAGCCGCAUUUUAGACUUGAGUAACGAUAUUUUGGCAACUGUUAUACAUAAAAUUAAAGAAAGUCCCAUGUUUGCGUUGCAAUUAGAUGAGUCUACGGGUGUAACUUCGUGUUCACAAUUACUGAUAUUUACUGUGUAUAUCAAAGAUCACCAUGUAAAAGAGGAAUACCUGUUUUGCAAGUCUUUGGCCACUACUACUCACGGCGAAGACGUAUUUGAAACGCUAAAACAGUUUAUUGAGGAAAACGGAGUGGACUCGUCAAAUCUGGUUGGUGUUUAUACAGGCGGGGCGCCUUCUAUGAUGGGCGCUCGUUUUGGGUUUCAAGCACUCGUGAAACAAGUUGCUCCUCAAGUUUUAUCUUAUCAUUGCAUGAUUCACCGAUACGCUUUGGCGUUUAAGACGCUUCCACUAGAUUUGCUAAGCACCUUGAGUGACGCAGUAAAAAUUGUUGCGCUGAUUUUUGGCGUUGUUGGAGCUUUCCGCAGAGAGGAGUUAGGCAAUAUUACUUUAAAAGAUAUUGAAGCCCAUGGAAAAAUGCUACUAAUCAAGAUUCCGAAUACAAAAAAUAAGAUACCGAGAAGCUUUGUUGUUGAAGGAGAUUUUCUUAGAAUAAUGCAAAAAUAUAUGAAUCAGCGGUCCCAAAAAGCAAAAACCGACCGUUUUUUCCAAAAUUAUCAAAAAGGGAAGUGUACAGCUCAAGCAAUCGGGAUAAACAAAUCUGGUAAUAUGCCAAAAGAAAUAGCUACGUUUCUUAGUCUGCCGGAUGCUGAGUAUUAUACUGGGCACAGCUUCAGGAGGACCUCUGCUACAUUAUUGGCAGAUUCAGGAGCCAAUUUGACGUCCUUAAAGCGACUAGGAGAUUGGAAGUCAGACAAAAUUGCAGAAGGCUAUAUUGCUGAUUCAUUAAACAACAAACUAGAAACUGGGAAAAAAAUCACACAAUCCAUUAAUUUAAAGUCCAGUCCGUCUCCUUCACAUGACAAUACAAUACUGAAGAGAACGUUCGUCCAUCUACCUUCGUUGAUAAUGAUAAUUCAUCAGAUCCAAUUCCAUCAACUAGCAAACGCCAUUGUAUAA